UUUUAAGGGACUUUUGUAAAAAGAAUAAUAUCAAAAUUGCUUUAUUCGAGAUUUCAAAAACAACGAAAAUAAAAGAACGAUAACUCUGUCAAACUGAAAAAUGUCUACUUGGACGGAUAAAAACCACAGAAUCGAUGUGUCAUACGAUAAAAACAACCGCUUUAUUUGUGUUGAACAUCCAGCUUUAGUUCGCAAACCAGAAAAAGCCAUUAGCACAAUUGGUGGAAUCAAAAAUUUAGAAAAGAUCUAUGGGGACCCAAUGAAAAGGCUGCCUCUACAAUGGAGACCAGAGGAUUUCUAUUGCAAGGCUACAUACGGUGAUAGAAUAAAAGCGUCCAAUCUGUUGAUGAAGGUGUGUAGGAGGCGACGGAAAUCUGAUGGAAAGGAAGAAUAUGAAGUGAAAGUAUUAGGCAUUGUCGAAACAGUUUACAAGUUCCAAGCAAUGGUGGAUUUCCAGUAUCUUCCUGUGAAAACUAAGAAAGAUGGCACUUAUGAAAGUAUAUAUGAGAAAGUCUGUCUCAACAAGCUUGUACCACUGAAGGAGUAUAUGAAUCAAGAUGUCCCACUAUAUAUUCCCCCGAUGAUGUUUGCCCGUGUGGAUAAACCAUGCGAUUUCCAGUACAAACAAGAAAUGAAACACAGACCGGAUUAUAAAAACCCAGAUACAGACAGGCCUGCAAAUCUUAUUGGCACUAUACGCCAAAGAAGGUCAAUAUUUACAAUAUUUGUCAACUUUGGAGAGGAACUUCCAACUGCUCCUAUACCAGAGGCUGUCAAAAGGACCAAGGGAGAGUUUGUUGAUCCCAAAUUGGAGAAAGUGCUGAAAGAGCUGUUUGAAGAGAAACCGCUUUAUCUAAAGAUAGAGAUGGAACACAGGACUGGUAUACGUAGUGAGAAACUAAAGAUAUUCCUACCAGCGAUGUGCUUCUACUGGCUCGAUGGACCAUGGCGGGGACAGUGGAACAAGUUUGGCUAUGAUCCAACAAAAACGCCAGCAUCCAAAAUAUACCAGACCAUAGAUUUUAGAAUAAGACAGGUGAGGCCUGGACAGGUGGAUAUUAAAGCCAAGAGGGAUAUACUAAAGCUUCACCAGUGGAAUCAAGUCAAUCGUAACCAGAAACACAAUGUAAAAAUCAGCUUGAAGUCGCUCGAUGAUACUCCUGAUGAACAACAAAAAGAGGAAGAAACUUUCAACAAGGAGUUAUAUUACAAGUUCAGACCGGACAAAGUUCCUCCACAUCGUAUGAUGUAUUAUCCAGUGUGCUAUGUAGAGUUAGACGAAGUCCAGACAUUGGUUCAUGAAAACGAUGGCAAGGAGAAGAAAUGUAGUGAGAAAGAUGGAUGGUGUGUAGAAGAUUUCAACAACAGAUGCAGGGAUAUUAUGUACUCAUACCUUAACAGGUUACUCGGCUCCGGAGAUUCUGUAGAAUUCAAAUUUUGGAGAACAAAGAAAAGAAAAAGACAAUUAGGUCAGUUGAGUUUAGGCAGUGAUGUUGAUGAGGAGGAAGGAGAUAUUGAGGGAGAAAUAGAAAGAGACAUUGGUACAACUGAUGAAAAAGGAAAUACAGAUGUAGACAAUGAGGGAGAAACUCAAAGAGACCUUAGUAUAACUGGUGAAGGUGGUAAAGAUGAAACAGAUCUGGGCAAUAAGGAAACAACUAAUUUUGAGGAGGAAAGUGAAAUGGAAGUUGAGACAGAUAUUCAGAAUGUGAAAUAGUGUAUGGAGUUAAUAGUGUGCAUGAACCACUUGAUGGCAAAGAAGAUAUGGGAGAUGAUAAUAUUGGUAUGGACAGCGAAAGGAUUUGGAGAUCACAGAGUCGAAGGGGUAACUGAAAGUGUUGGAGACCAAUUGAAAAUGGAAGACAUUUAAACACAACUGUUGCAGAAGAUAGUGGCAAAAACACAGUAAAACACAUCAAGUUUGGCAAUGGUAUAGAAAUAGGACUUUAAGAUGCUGUUGAAGAAUUACUGGAAAAUGACUGAUAGGUUGCUAACCUGUUGUUGCAUGUGUAUUGGACAUUAUAUAUGAGACAAAUAUGAAGAUAACAGAAAGAUGACAGUAAGUGAUUGGAACUGUUGAAAAUAGGUGCUAGAUUUUUGGAAAUGAUAUGUAGUAAAUAUAUUGAAUUUUAUGCCCUUCGAAGGGUCAGCAUGUAGUUGCAAAUAUUGGAUAUAUUAUAAUGUUCAAGAACUUUCAGUCCAGAUUUAUAUGGUUAAAGGUGCCAGUGUUUUCUGGGCUUAUAAAAGUUUCCUGCUGUGAUACUGAAAACACUUUUGCAACUUGCAUUAAUUUUUGUUGAAAAUACAUAAAUUUUCAUGAUAUCUAAUUUCAUGCUACCAUAUACAUGUAUAGAUAAAUAGCAGUAAAACUCCAUUUAAACAGCA